AUGGAUCACGACUUCUCGUACCCGCAGUUCGCGUGGGACGAACAAGAGAACUGCCAGCCCUGCAUCAAGCUCUCCUUCUUCUUCCGUAAAUCUCCCACCGUUACCGACGCCUUCUUUCAAAAACAUUACAACCAUAUUCACUCCGAUCUCACCGUCGCCUGCAAGAAGUUUCACGCCGUCAAGAUAGCCCGCUACGUCCAGCUCUACCAAUCACCCGGCCUGAAAAGCAAAUUACAGGAACUGGGCAUGGACGUACUAGAAUACGACGCGUGCAGUCAGAUCUGGGUGAGGAAGUGGGAAGAUUGGGAGGCGUUUGCGGGGAGCGACGAGUACCGAGCUGCGCUCAUGCCGGAUGCCGAGAAGUUCAUGAACUUGGAGAAGGGGAUUCAGGUCAUGGCUGGGUGA